UGUACUGUUUGGCAGGCGUCGAAUGAGAGCGCUUCUUCGGCGUGUUUCUUGAACCGGCCGGUAUCUAUUGCGAAAGAAAUCCUUAGAAAUUAGCGACGCAGCAGAAGAACCAGCAAAGCCGGGUUUCGAACCGAUAAUUGCCCUCUUCGCUUGGCCUUCAUAUCCGAAAUGAGUCUCGGGUGCUCGGGCGUCUCUUUUUGAGCCCAGUCGGUUUUUUUUUUCGCCCUGACCAAGCGGGGUCCGCUGCCUUUCCUCACUGAUCUAUGGCGACGUGAGCCUACCGGUUUCCUCAGGGUCUCCCCGAGUCUGCCUCUCCCUUCCCCGAGUGCUUACCUCCUGCACUCGAACCCAGGCUUUUCUCCCUGUCCACAGCCUCCCUUUCCCUCUCCCUGGCAGUGACGGGUCUUAUCGCGAUUCCUGAGUAUUGGCUAACACAGUCGGGCCCUAGUCGCUCUCCAUGUUGAUACACACAGGCUGCAGUUCUUUGUCUCGUUAAGCCAAACCAGCCGUAACAGCAGCAGCAGCUCGCCUGCAAAGGACGGGAUCCACGACUGACAAGAGACCAUGGAAUGUCAUCUCUAGCCUUGGGUUGAAUAUUAACAAAAACAAUCAUUUUCUUGUGAUUGACCCUCCCCCAACCUUCAUUUCGUAUGUGUGCAGACAGUGCGAACAGAAAGUGCAUCACACGGGACCACAGCCAGCACAAUGUCGGAGGACAAGAAUGCGGAGAAGUUAGUUAAGGAUACCUCCAUCUUAGAGGAAUACAAUAUCAACUGGACCCAGAAGCUGGGUGCUGGAAUCAGUGGUCCCGUGAGAGUAUGUGUGAAGAAAUCGACGCAAGAGCGCUUCGCACUGAAGAUACUUAUAGACCGUCCGAAAGCUCGGAAUGAGGUUCGACUCCAUAUGAUGUGUGUAGGUCACCCCAACAUCGUUCAGAUUAUAGAAGUCUAUGCUAACAGUGUACAGUUCCCUCAUGAAUCCAGUCCCAGGGCCCGGCUGCUGAUCGUCAUGGAGAUGAUGGAGGGAGGAGAGCUCUUCCACAGAAUCAGCCAGCACCGGCACUUCACUGAGAAAAUGGCCAGCCAAGUAACAAAGCAGAUCGCUCAGGCUCUCCAGCACUGUCACUGCCUGAACAUCGCUCACAGAGAUCUCAAGCCAGAGAACCUGCUCUUCAAGGACAACUCAUUGGACGCCCCUGUUAAACUUUGUGAUUUUGGAUUUGCCAAAAUUGACCAAGGUGACUUGAUGACUCCCCAGUUCACUCCUUAUUAUGUAGCACCUCAGGUACUGGAGGCUCAGAGGAGACACCAGAAAGAGAAAUCUGGAAUAAUACCUACCUCACCAACUCCUUACACAUACAACAAGAGCUGUGACUUGUGGUCUCUGGGUGUGAUCAUCUAUGUGAUGCUGUGCGGAUACCCGCCGUUCUACUCCAAGCACCACAGCCGCACCAUCCCCAAGGACAUGCGCAAGAAGAUCAUGACCGGGAGCUUUGAGUUCCCCGAGGACGAGUGGAGCCAGAUAUCUGAGAUGGCCAAGGACAUUGUGAGAAAGCUGCUGAAAGUGAAGCCAGAGGAGAGGCUCACUAUUGAGGGGGUGCUGGAUCACCCCUGGCUGAACUGCACAGAGGCCCUGGACAACGUGCUGCCUUCCGCACAGAUGAUGAUGGACAAGGCAGUAGUUGCUGGUAUUCAGCAAGCCCACGCAGAACAGCUCGCUAACAUGAGGAUCCAGGAUCUGAACGUCAGCCUCAAGCCGCUCAACUCUGUCAAUAACCCCAUUCUGAGGAAACGAAAACUACUGGGCACGAAACCCAAGAGUGGGUUUUUCUUCCACGACCCAGAGAACGGGCCGGAAGACUCGAACGUAGCUUUGGAGAAGCUGCGAGAUGUGAUUGCACAGUGCAUCCUGCCCCAGGCUGGAGAGAACGAGGAUGAGAAGCUGAAUGAGGUUGUGCAUGAGGCGUGGAGGUACAACAAGGACUGCAAGCUGUUGAGGGACGCACUGCAGAGCCUCAACUGGAAUGGGCGUGCCUUCUCAGACAAAGUGGAUCGCUUGAAACUGGCAGAAAUAGUUAAACAAGUCAUUGAAGAAAAAACAACCUUGCAGGACUCUCAGUAGCAAGUGCUGUACUUAUAUUAUUUUUUUAUUUUUUAUGGUUUAUGAUAACUGUUCUUAAGUAACUGUAAAGAGUCAUUUUUAUGUAAAUUAAGUACAGGACUUAACAAUAAUGCAUUUUUCAUGGAUUUGCACGCAAUUGCUGUGCAGCUGUAGAUACAAAAAAAAGACUGGUAAUUUUUUUUUAAAAUAUAGCUGAGUACAUUGCAAAAGAAAGCAUAUAAUUUCAUUUGCAGAAAAGAAAACUAAAUUCUAGACCCUUUGGCAUGGAUGCUGUAUCUUCUUACAGACUCUAGUUGAAGCAGUCUGCCUAGUGCUGCUUUUUUAUGUUUAAAAAAGAAAAAAAAGAUCUGUUUUUUAAAAUGAUUAUUAUUUAAAAGGUUCAGUACUUUGAGAGUAUCAUUUCCAGCCUUACCCCCUAAUAAAAAGGAGAAUGGCAGGUUUUGUCCCACCUCCA